GCUCAAGUGAAGUGAAUGAAACCGUAACCCACUGUACUCCAUUGUUUCCCAGAUACUCGUACGCAAUACAACCGGGAAGAGACUGGAAUACUUCGACAGGCGGAGUCUGUCUCCACCAAGAUCCGUGUUUUUCGAGUUGCAAGGAUCGAGAAAAGUCAUUAGGAGAAGGAAGGAAAGAACUCAAUACAGUAAUCCAAGAUCUGGAUCGAAGAAUAAAAAAAACGAAAAUGAAGAUCUCGCACCUAAAAGCACCACGAUCAAUAGCGAUCAGCCUCCUGAAAGUGAAUCUAAAGCUGCCUCCGCAGCGUGAUCUUCUUUCGUGUGCUGUGGCUGCCGUGAGUUUGGUUUUAUUAUGCGACCAAUACAAAACAUCGCAGUGAUUUUCGUUUUUCCACCGCAGUGAGACCUCCUACGUUGUGAGAUUCUGAAUUCUGGGUUUACUAUUUCUAGUUUAGCUCCUCACCUAAAGCUAAAGCUAAAGUGGCCUCCUCAAGUUUGUGAUUGUGUUGCCACAGCACUAGCCAAAAAGGAGCAAAAUGGACGGUUGGGUUUCCUCCUGGAGCACAGAGCCGCUUUCCGGUGUCGACAUUUCCGCUACUCCCGCUGCGCAAAACAAAACCAAAACCGUAACAACACCCGGCGCGACAAAAAGUCUUGUGAAAAAAACAAACACCACUCCAAGCACGGAAACGAAAGCAGCAGCGGAUACUAGUACCGCGGUGCAAAAGAACAAAGGGAGAAAGAGUGUAGGAGCCUCGUCGAAAAAAGGUAAAAGGACAGUUUCGUGGGUGGAUGACGAAGACGGCAGUUCGGAUUCUGAAGACGGCUCGGAUUCCAUGUCCGACUGGUCGGGGAUGUCGGAUGAGAGUCUGGACGAAGGCUUCGCAUUCAAAGACGCAGCGGUGAACGAGGAGUUUCUGCGGGGAGAUGUUGGCGGUGAGGAACAGAACGUUGUUCGUGCCGCUGCUACCAGACCAGCUUCUUCAAGCACGACGACAAGAACUUCGUCAAACUCAGGCGCCAGUAGUGUCGCAAGUACUGCACAUGGCGGAAAGAAGCAAAAGGCAAUGAAAGUUAUGAAGAAGAAGCUCGAGGCGGGGAAGAAGCAGAAGGAGAAAUUAACAACGGCUAAAGAACCAGCAGGAAGCGAGGCGACUCCCGCCCAAAAAACGACAGUCAGCGACUCGAACAGUACGAAGGCUGGUGAACUGCCGGCGAUGAAAAAAAAGAAGAAAAUCGUGAAAAAGAAGGCCGGUGUGAAAAAGUAAAAUUUGCACUGAUGCAGCUGCGCGUAGUACGAAAUUUCAUUCUUGGAAUGGAGAAAUUAUGUUGAGUCAUAGUAAGAAAGAUAAUUGCAAACGAAACUAUGUUGAGUCACAGAACUAAGUUUGUGCAAGAACAU